AGCUGCUCCCUUCCGGGGCGGGGCGGAGCAGCGAGGUGAGGGCGGCACCAUGAUGGCGCAGCGGGCGCUUCCUAAUCCCUACGCGGACUACGACAAAUCCUUGGCCACCGGCUACUUCGAUACCGCUGGGAGGUUGACCCCCGAGUUCACGCAGCGGCUGAAUAAUAAAAUCAGGGAGUUGCUCCAGCAGAUGGAGAGGGGCCUCAGGUCUGCUGACCCGCAGGACUGCACCGCAUACACGGGCUGGGCAGGCAUUGCUUUGCUGUAUUUGCACCUGUAUGAUGUGUAUGGAGACCCAGCCUACCUUCAGGUGGCCCACGAGUAUGUGAAGAAGAGCCUGAGCUGUCUGACAAGACGAUCCAUCACUUUCUUGUGCGGAGAUGCUGGGCCCCUUGCAGUGGCUGCUGUCGUCUACCACAAACUCCAGAACCAGAAGCAGUCAGAAGACUGCAUCACUCGUUUGCUCCAUCUACACAAGCUUGACCCACGAGUGCCAGAUGAACUGCUGUAUGGGCGCAUGGGCUAUCUCUAUGCACUGAUAUUUGUGAACAGGCACUUCAGAGACGAAAAGAUCCCUCAAAGUCACAUUCAGCAGGUCUGUGAAGCUGUUGUAGCCUCAGGCGAGAGCUUGGCCAAAAGGAGGAACUUUACAGCAAAGAGCCCACUGAUGUAUGAGUGGUACCAGGAGUACUAUGUAGGGGCAGCCCAUGGUUUGGCUGGGAUUUAUUACUAUCUCAUGCAGCCUGGCCUUGGAGUGAGCCAAGUAAAACUGCACAACACAGUCAAACCCAGCGUGGACUACGUCUGCCAGCUCAAGUUCCCAUCUGGCAAUUACCCUCCAUGCAUCAAUGACACCAGAGACCUACUCAUCCACUGGUGCCACGGGGCACCAGGUGUCGUCUACAUGCUUAUUCAGGCUUACAAGGUCUUUGGGGAACAGCAGUACCUAAAUGAUGCCCUGCAGUGUGCAGAAGUGAUCUGGCAGCAUGGGUUACUGAAGAAAGGCUAUGGGCUGUGCCACGGGACAGCUGGCAAUGCUUACAGCUUCCUAGCACUGUACAACCUCACUCAGAACAUGAAAUACCUGUACAGGGCCUGCAAGUUUGCAGAGUGGUGUUUAAGCUAUGGUCAACAUGGGUGCCGGACACCAGACACGCCGUUCUCUCUCUUUGAAGGAAUGGCUGGAACGAUUUACUUUCUUGCUGACCUGCUGGUGCCAACCAAGGCCAAGUUCCCUGCAUUUGAGCUCUAAAUCUGAGCUUGGCAGCUUCCUGCCUGAAUCCGUCCGCACUUGGAAAAGCAGUUUGAAGCUGCUUUAUUCUUCCAAACUCAUCAUUGUUCACCUAACUGAACGUAAAUCCAUCCUCCUGAGGGCAUGCUGAGUUCUCUAAUAUUUCCAGUCAUGUCAUUGCAUUGUUUCAAUUUAAAAGACAGAGUGCAGAUUUUGCUGGUGUCUCUUAAAAAGGCAGGCUGCAGGUGGGAGCAGGGAGAAAGUGUACAGUAUUUUCCUGGCUAUAGAGCAUUGCUAUUUUCUGUAUCCUGUUCCUGGGAGAAAGUUUUCUAUUGAAUGUAGCUUUGGCCAUUUAAAUUUUUUUUUCUGCUGACAAAUAGUUGCAGGGCUUUAGUUGUCUUUGGAAAAAAAAAGGUGAAAAACUGAGGCUAUUGCCCUGCAAGUUGCUUUUAAGUAUUUUCUUCCUGAGCACCCAGGGAGUAAGCAGUUUAAGUAGUGAGAUGCUCUACACAAUGCAAAUGUGAUGGACUGUGGAGUCUUUUUAUGUGGUUUUUUUUUUUAAUGUCAGAUUGCAAGUGGCACAGCUGGAACUGCCAUGCCAGAGCCUUGUCCUGAAUUUCCACCUGUCUGGUUUAAAGGCAAAGGCUAGGUAUAGUUCUUUUGCACAUUUUUUUCCAGUGACAGACAAAUAAUCCACUAGCUUUUGUGCUUAUUUGCCAUCUUAUGCUACACCUUGCAAAAGUCCAUCCAACAAAAAACUCUAAGCUAAAAGUGAGCUUGCUGGCGUGGUCUCUUCUGUUUAGCUUUGAAAGUUUACUUUGCAGUCUUUAUUUAAAAUUGUGUAUGACUAUUAUAGGUGUUAGGUGGUGCCUGGCCCACCAGCAGCAGCAUGGGAAAAGACAUGUAUUGCACUGAGUUCUGUCAGUGUUUAACCUAUUACCUGUGUAGAUGUUAUUUACAUGCUUUGUUUUAUAAGCUUUCCUGAACCUGGAUAAUUUGAGUCACUUGUUUGCCUUGUUACUGCUUAUUGUAGUUUGAUAUGCAACCACACAUCUACCCAACUGGAAAAUCUGCCCUAGGUUAAAUAGCUUUCAUCCAUCAAGCAGACCAGAUACUUGCAAGGGAUAAAUCUGUUUUUCCGUCCUUAGCUGAUGCUGCACUAAUUUGCAACAAUGAGGAACCUGACCCUGUAAGCCACUUCCUUAGCACUGACCAUGAGCUAACCACUGAGCAUGGUGAAAGUUAUUGAUGCGGCUGAUACAGCUUUGUGCUGUUUGAGGGCAGCUCCUCAGCCUGCACAGGAGUGGAUGUGGGUUUUGAUCUUCUAAGGGCCCAGUUGCAGAGUGCCUCAGGCCACCUAAGAGCAGGCAAGCAGCUGCAGGACAGCAUGGGCAACCUCCAAGACAUCGCACUCCUGCACCAGCGGUAGUGAAGCAGGAGGGCCAAACCUAGCAUGCUAACACAGCUAGCUCGCACGUGCCUGAAUGUGGGGCAGCCUAGCCGCAGAGGCAUAGGCAGACCCUCAAGAACCUCCUGGAUGGGCUGCUCCAGCAGAGUAGAAACUGUUCCUGGAAGGCUGCCUGUUUCCUCAAAGCCCAGCCUCCUGCUGCUAUCAUGCACUUCUAGAAAUUCAUCAAAAGACAGCCUGAAGCACAGAGCAGCUCAUUUGCUUUGGGCUUAGCGUCCCUGUUGGAAGCCUCAAGCUCAUGCAGACUCUGCAGCGGUCAUCCCCUAUCCGUCAUGGGGCCUAAACAACACAGGGAGGUGAUGGGAAAGGAGGAAGCACAGCCUUGAAAGCGGCAUUUGGCUAAUCAAAGAGUCUGGGGUGGGAUCCUCUAGUACCUCCCAGCUCAGCCGGUGUGAUAGUAGUGUAGGGACACUGCUCUGAGCCUGGGUUUCUCCCAGGCACCCCUUCCAUAAAGGAGGUGUUUUGUGGAGCCUGGUGUCAUGGCAGUAUCAUGUCUCAGGGUUUGUACACUGAUCAGGGAAACAUGAGGGCCUGGUGUACAACUGCUGAGUGGAGCACUGUUUAAUAAAAAUGCAGAAACAAA